AUGGACCCAUCAAAGGUAAGAAAAUAGAGAAAACAGAGUAUGCUGUUAUUUCGUCGAUAUAUUAGUGGUAAAGUCUCUGGUAAAGUUUGUUGAUAGUAAAGUAGGCUACAUUGUAUCCGUUUCAUAUUUCAAUUCCAGCAACUGGGAUGUGCCGAAAACGAAACUUGCACGAUGAAACGCAACAACGUGAUGUAAUAGUUCAUAGGCCAACAUUAAAAUGUCUAGGUUAUUAUCUAGCUAUGAAUUCAUAACGCAGUAAUAUCCUAUGAAUUUAUAGCUAGUCCUUUAACGUCAUUCGAGGGGGGGGGGGGGUGAAGAAGGCUGAACUAGUUUAUGUUCUACAUUGUACUUGGUAAACUUUGUGUGUGUGUGUGUGUGUGUGUGUGUGUGUGUGUGUGUGUGUGUGUGUGUGUGUGUGUGUGUGUAGGAGGUAUUUGCCUCUGAGAAGGAAAGGAAGCCAGCAGGGGAGGAGAGUGAAGAGCCGUUCAGCAAACUCCUCAGGACCCCUUCUAGACUGUGAGUGGACAUAGAGUAUAUUAUCUAUUAUCUACCUGGUACAGCCAGGGCCACCCCUCAGAGUGGAUAUGAGUGAACAUAGAGUAUAUUGUCUAAAUUGAUGGGUCAUGUGAAAGAAAUGCUAUAACCCCCAGCCACAUCUUGCUAAGUGGAUGGGUCUCUACAGAAGGUGUAAACGGUACAGUGAAAUGGUUACUUGCAUAGUAGCAAUAUCAAAAAUAGAUAGUGUCAAUAUAAAGGAAAAUGAACACGUGUCAAUGCCAGUAGAGAAAGAACCAAAUAAUAUAAAGGAUGUACAAGAACAAUAUCAAGAACCAUAUCAGUGAUACUGGUGAUAGAUGAGGUAGUUACAUGCAAACAAUCAGGGGUAAAGUGGCUGAGCAGCAGGAUAAAACAAUUAAUAGUAGCAGCAACGUAUGGCGUGUGUGUUAGGAGAGAGUCAUGUGAAUAGAGGCACUGCAGAUAGUGCUGAUGACUGGGAACUCGCCCCCAGUGAUGAACUGGUCCGUCAGAACCACGCAUGAACAAGGGAAUCAAUAUUCGGAGAGUCUGUUUCUGUCCUGCCCUUGACUUUGGUGCAGGGCAUGUGAUGUCCAUAGCCUCUUCGUCGCAAAACUCCCUGAUUUUCUCAAAAAUAUAAGUUUGUCUAGCUGUGUCCAGUCCAGGUGGUGCUUGUACAGGCAGACCAUCUAUGUGAGGAAUGAUGUCAGUGUUGCUUAGCAGCUGAGUUCGAACGCUCCUUGUCAACAACAACACCAGGCUCCAGAGCAUCGAAGCUGUAAAACAGGAAAUAACAACAACAAAAUUAGAAGACAUAACAUCAAUUCACCUCCUUAGUUUAGAUAAGAAGAAUAACCUCCUACAAUACAAUGAAGUGCUGGUACUGCUUGACCUGUGGCAGCGACCUGAAGUACGGAGUCAGGUGUUGUUGCCAGCCAUAGCACCGUACCAUCCUCCAGUACAACCAGCUGUGGGAUGUUGACCCGUCACAGUGCUGUCCUUCACAAAACCAGCGAUCUCGGAUAAAGUGUUUACUCUGGUCAUUCUGGCGCGUCUGCUUGAUGAGGCCGAAGCACCAGUCGGGGGUGAACUUGGUGUGGCCUGUGAUCAGGAAGUGAAGGUCCAGACUGUGGUGGAUCAUGUGAUCAGGAAGUGAAGGUCCAGACUGUGGUGGAGCUGGUCUGCCAGGCACAAUACCAGAGCACAAACUUGUUCUUGUUUUGGCCGCUGCAGUUGUCAGAAUUCAGGUCCACACGUGUUUCCCCAACUCCGUAGUUGGUGAAGAAAUGGUUCAUGUUGUAAUUGACUGCGCUGCUGCCUUUGCUGGAUGACAUGCCUUCAUCAAUCAACUAGUUGACUUGUUGUGGUCCUUCACAGCAGACACCAAACAAGCCACACUUGCGAGGAGUUAAAAAGUAGAUGGGACCUGGCUGCAUAGGGUCAGAAGGAUAGUGCACCUGCAAACAACAACAAAAGAGCAUUAAGAUCAAUUAAAAUCAUUUGUCUCACCCCUGUCAGUCUGUCUUUAUACAGCUCAGUGAAAGGCAUUUGCCUGCUUCCCAUAUACAGUACUAGUCAAAAGUUUGGACACACUUACUCAUUCCAGGGUUUUUCUUUAUUGUUGCUAUUUUCUACAUUGUAGAAUAAUAGUGAAGACAUCAAAACUAUGAAAUAACACAUAUGGAAUCAUGUAGUAAUCAAAAAAGUGUUAAACAAAUCAAAAUAUAUUUUAUAUUUGAGAUUCAAGUAGCCACCCUUUGCCUUGAUGACAGCUUUGCACACUCUUGGCAUUCUUUCAACCAGCUUCAUUUGGUAGUCACCUGGAAUGCAUUUCAAUUAACAGGUGUGCCUUCUUAAAAGUUAAUUUCUGGAAUUUCUUUCCUUCUUAAUGCAUUUGAGCCAAUCAGUUGUGUUGUGACAAGGUAGGGGUGGUGUACAGAAGAUAGCCCUAUUUGGUAAAAGACCAAUUCCAUAUUAUGGCAAGAACAGCUCAAAUAAGCAAAGAGAAACGACAGUCCAUCAUUACUUUAAGACAUGAAGGUCAGUCAAUAUGGAACAUUUCAAGAACUUUGAAAGUUUCUUCAAGUGCAGUCGCAAAAACCAUCAAGCGCUAUGAUGAAACUUCCUCUCAUGAGGACCGCCACAGGAAAGGAAGCCCAGAGUUACCUCUGCUGCAGAGGAUAAGUUAAUUAGAGUUACCAGCCUCAGAAAUUGCAGCCCAAAUAAAUGCUUCACAGAGUUCAAGUAACAGACACAUCUCAACAUAGCUAUAGCCACUGGUAACAUUGAAUAUAUGAAACUACUGGUAUGGUGCUGGAGAGAAAUCAACUUUAAAAACAGUGAAUUGCCCCUCUAACAUCUCUUCUAUACCUCUAUUGCGUCAUCCUCAUGACCUGUGAAAUGAAUGUAGAACAGUGAAGUGACCACAGCAUGUGGUGGUGGUGUAGGGGAACAGAGCAGUGUGUGACUGUUUCCUGUGUUCAGUUUGACCUGGUCUAGAGAGAAGUGUCGUCUUCUGGAGACUGAGAUCUCUAGGCCGGAGGAGGAGCUGGAGGUGCUCAAGGUAAGACUAGUGGCCAUGUCUAUAGUCAAUGUGAGCAAACCACAUACAGUAGAUCACAAUAUUCUCUGAAGACACUGCAAUCUACUGUGUGUGUAUGUUUGUCUGUGUGUGUGUGUGUGUGUGUGUGUGUAGCUGCUGGCAAAGUUCAACGUGGAUGAGCAGUCUGCCACACUCCCCAGAACCUCCUCCUAUAGAAGGUGAGUGGACAUAAUACGAUGAAAUGAGUCUAAUAUUAACAACUCUACCAUAACAUAUUUUAUUACAUCAUCCUCAUGACCUGUGAAAUGAAUGUAGAACAGUGAAGUGACCACAGCAUGUGGUGGUGGUGUAGGGGAACAGAGCAGUGUGUGACUGUUUCCUGUGUCCAGGUUGACCAUGUCUGAGGAGGAGUGUCGUGAGCUGGAGGCUGAGAUCUCUAGGAUGAAGGUGAAGCUGGAGGUGCUGAAGGUAACACUAGUGGUCAUGUCUGAGAGGUCAAAUGUCAUUGGGAACAAACCACAUAUAGAUCAUAGCCACAUACUGUGUGUGUUAAAGUUCCAACUGUAAUCUAUUUUAUGAUGAUAUUGAGAGACCAGUAUAAAUAUUCUAAUACGUCUUAACAAUAUUAAUAUAUUCAUGUUCUUUAUUUUAUAUCAGUAGUCCGUUUUUCUAUUCCUUCCUCACUGUUGUCACCUUUGUUGUUUUAGAGAACUCUGGAGGAGAUGAACCCACAUGAGCUGAAGACAUUUCAGUCUUUCCUGACUAGUGGCCUGCUGCCUGACUGUCCUCCCAUCCCAGAGAGACAGCUGCAGAACGCUGACAGACAGGACAUAGUGGGUCAGAUGGUGAAGAGAUACGGCUCUGAGAGAGCUGUGAAGAUCACACUGAGGAUCCUGAGGGGGAUGAAGCAGGUAGACCUAGCAGAGAAGUUAGAGACAGAUCACAGAGGAGGUAACAGAACAAGAAUGUAUAUCAAUCUAUACAUCACAAUCACAGUUCAGUGGAGGUCUAACAAGAAAGAACAUUCAACUGACUUCAUAAUAACAUUCAGCAGGCCUCUCUUUUAUCAUUUUUAUUAAUGAUGUAUCCAGGUGACCCCAUUAUGUUUAAACAGCAAUCCAACAUUCAUUAUAUUACAUACAUACAAUCACCAAUACAGUAGGGAAGAUAUCACAAACAGAUUAGACUUUCUAAUCAUGGCUGUAUAUCUCUUCCUGAGCUGCCUAAUCUGGAAGAUGAACCAGAAUGAUCUGGCAGAGAAGUUAGAGAGAGAUCAGAGAAGUAGGAUUGUAGACAAGGACCCUAACUGUCUCUCUAUCCCCCCUCCUAUCUUCCCCUCUAUUUCCCCUGUUUCCCCCCUUUCCAGCUCUGCUGCUGACAACUCUGGAGGAGCUCACUGGAGAACAGCUGAAGACAUUUCAGUCUAACCUGACUAGAGGCAACCCGUUUGGCUUUCCUCCCAUCCCAGAGAGUCAGCUGGAGAACACUGACAGACAGGUCACAGUGGGUCAGAUGGUGAAGAGAUACGGCCCUGAGAGAGUUGUGGAGAUCACACUGAGGAUCCUGAGGGGGAUGGACCAGAAUGAUCUGGCAAAGAAGUUAAAGAGAUAUUACAAUAGAGGUAACGUAGCAAGAAUGUACAUCAAUCUAUACAUCACAAUCACAGUUCAGUGGAGGUCUAAUCAGAAAGAACAUUCAACUGACUUCAUAAAAAACAUUCAGCAGACCUCUCUUUUAAAUUUUUUAUUCAUGAUGUAUCCAGGUGACCCCAUUAUGUUUAAACAGCAAUCCAACAUUCAUUAUAUUCCAUACAUACAAUUACCAAUACAGUAGGGAAGAUUUCACAAAUGGAUUAGACUUUCUAAUCAUGGCUGUAUAUCUCUUCCUGAGCUGCCUAAUCUGGAAGAUGAACCAGAAUUAUCUAGCAGAGAAGUUAGAGAUAUAUUACAGACACAGAAGAGGUAACACCGUAAAACUGUGUUAAGAAAAAUGUAUCAUAAACAUUCCUUCAAACAAAGACAACGUGAUUUAAAUGAAUAAUUGUUGAUGAACAGGACAAUGUAAUACGACAAUUAUACUGUUUUCUCUCUUCACUUCCUCUUCUGUACCUGUAUCUACCACAGAAACAUGGUGGAGCAUCUCAUCAGAUGCUGACAGUGAUGAAUUUAUAUGUCUUCGGAGGAAGUGGCAUAGGGCACUGGUAAUGAAGGUAAGACUAGUAGCCAUGUCUGAGAGGUCAAAUGUCAUUGCGAACAAAUCACAUAUAGAUCACAGCCACAUGCAGUCUGAAGUGUGUGUGUGAGUGAAUGCUCACUGUCAUAGUCAGUUCUACCCUCAUAUGUUAAAACACCUGUACUCACUGUCAUAGUCAGUUCUACAGUAUGAAAUGAUACAGUCCACACAUACAGUCUAGAUCAGGGGUGUCAAACUCAUUUUAGCUCAGGGGCCACAUGGAGGAAAAUCUAUUCCCAAGUGGGCCGGACCGGAAAAAUCAUGGUAUAUAUAACUUAAAAACAACAACUUCAGAUUGUUUUCUUUGUUUUAAUACGAUCAACAUACAACAUAAAGCUGGAACCUGAGGACAGUGUGUCCAAAAUAGUACAAGCACAACAUCACUAUUAAUCAUAAAACACGUCAAGUUUAUUUGAAAAUUCUAAAGAAAAAGAACACACAAACACACAAUGCCUCAGUGAUUAACAGAACUGUUUCACAGAUCACAGAACUAUAUCAGGGUGUCAUUUCUCAGGCAGAAAUGUAGAUACAAAUAAUGAAAUCCUGUUCCCCAAACAAGUGCAAGAACCACAGAGUCAAGAAUAGGUUAAAUAUACAAAUAAAAUCAAUUAAAAACAAUAGCACAUCAACAUAAAAACAUAUAAACAUAAAUCUGAAAGCGUUGCUCAAACUCCCGUAACAGUCCAGUUAUUUUAUCUUUGAACUGCUUCAUGUCUGCCACAUGUUGGGUUGCGCACACAUUUUUCAGACAGGGGAAGUGAGCUGCAUCACCACCGGCAAGUUGCGACUCCCACAAUGACAGCUUCAACUUGAAAGAACGUAUGCUGUCAUAAUACUGCGUGACAACUUUGGCGCCCCCCCUUGGUUUGUGCUGUGGUGGAGACCUCUGUGGGCUAUACUCGGCCUUGUCUCAGGAUUGUAAGUUGGUGGUUGGGGAUAUCCCUCUAGUGGUGCGGGGGCUGUGCUUUGGCGGAGUGGGUGGGGUUAUAUCCUUCCUGUUUGGCCCUGUCCGGGGGUUUCUUCGGAUGGGGCCACAGUGUCUCCGGACCGCUCCUGUCUCAGCCUCCAGUAUUUAUGCUGCAGUAGUUUGUGUGUCGGGGGGCUGGGGUUAGUUGGUUAUACCUGGAGUACUUCUCCUGUCUUAUCCAGUGUCCUGUGUGAAUUUAAGUAUGCUCUCUCUAAUUCUCUCGUUCUCUCUUUCUCUCUGAGAACCUGAGCCCUAGGACCAUACGUCAGGACUACCGGGCAUGAUGACACCUUGCUGUCCCCAGUCCGCCUGGCCUUGCUGCUAUUCCAGUUUCAACUGUUCUGCCUGCGGCUACGAAACCCCUACCUGUCCCAGACCUGCUGUUUUCAACUCUUAAUGAUCGGCUAUGAAAAGCCAACUGAGAGACCUGAGCCCUAGGACCAUACGUCGGGACUACCGGCCGUGGUGACUCCUUGCUGUCCCCAGUCCGCCUGGCCUUGCUGCUAUUCCAGUUUAAACUGUUCUGCCUGCGGUUAUGGAACCCCUACCUGUCCCAGACCUGCUGUUUUCAACUCUUAAUGAUCGGCUAUGAAAAGCCAACUGAGAUUUAUUCCUGAUUAUUAUUUGACCAUGCUUGUCACUUAUGAACAUUUUUGAACAUCUUGGCAUGGUUCUGUUAUAAUCUCCACCCGGCACAGCCAGAAGAGGACUGGCCACCCCUCAUAGCCUGGUUCCUCUCUAGGUUUCUUCCUAGGUUUUCGCCUUUCUAGGGAGUUUUUCCUAGCCACCGUGCUUCUACACCUGCAUUACUAGCUGUUUGGGGUUUUAGGCUGGGUUUCUGUACAGCACUUCGAGAUAUUAGCUGAUGUAAGAAGGGCUAUAUAAAAUAAAAUUGAUUGAUUGAUUGAUUGUUGCGCCCUUGCAGCUGUUUGUUCAAGUUAUUCAGGUGCUCUGUAACAUCCACCAUAAAUGCAAGGUCCGGCAUCCAUUCUGCGGAAUGAAAUUCUAACACUGGUUUGCCCUUUUCUUCCAUGAACUGUUCAAUUUCUUCUCGUAAAUCAAAGAAACGCCUCAGCACAGCACCUCGGCUUAACCAUCUUACCUCAUUGUGGUAUGGCAGGCCAUAGAUGUGGUCUUUCUCUCUGAGAAGGCUGUCAAACUGACGGUGAUUCAGGCUUCUGGAUCGGAUGAAAUUAACAGGUUGGAUGACCACCUUCAUGACGUUAUCCAUCUUUAAUGACUUGCAACACAAAGCCUCCUGGUGCAAAAUACAGGGAAAAGUCAACAAAAUCACGUCCUCCAUUUGCAGAUUGCACUUUCUCUCUGAACUUUGUCACAACGCCUGCUUUUUUCCCGAUCAUUGAGGGCGCACCAUCUGUAACCAGGCUGACAGCGCGGGACCAGUCCACUCCGACCCUGUCCAGCGCGCCGACGAGUGCGGUAAAAAUAUCAGCUGCUGUCGUUGUAUCUGUCAUCGGCACCAACUCCACGAACUCCUCGGUGACGGUCAAUGUGUCAUCAACUCCGCGGAUGAAAAAAUGGCCAGUUGUGCAACAUCUGUAAUGUCCGUUCUUUCAUCAAUUGCAACCGAAAACACAAUAAAUGACUUUACUUUUUGCUUCAACUGGCUGUCCAAAUCCACUGAAAGAUCGGAAAUCCUGUCUGCAACUGUGUUUCUUGUCAGGCUGAUAUUUGCAAAAGCCUGCCGCUUUUCAGGGCACACAAUCUCCGCUGCCUUCAUCAUGCAUGUUUUUACAAAUUCACCCUCACUAAAUGGUUUUGAAGCCACUGCGAUUUCAUUAGCAAUGAGGUAGCUAGCUUUCACUGCAGCGUCACUGAUGUCUCGGCUGUGAGUAAACACAGACUGCUGUUUCUUCAGACCCGCCAACAGUUCAUUCACCUUCUCUCAUCUCCGCUGUCCUUGAAAGUUGUCAUAUUUGUCGGCAUGAAGACUCACAUAGUGGCGACGAAGGUUAUAUUCUUUCAGCACUGCAACAUGCUCUGAACACACCAAACAUACAGCUUUCCCAUUCAAUUCCGUGAUUAAAUAGGAUGACCAUUUUUCUUGGAACACUCUGCACUCUGCGUCCACUUUUCUCUUUUUUGACAGAGACAUAUUGGGGCAAUGAGGGUGCCAAAGCACAUAAUGUUAAAUGUAGAAGCCGUAAUAAAUAUCGCGGGCAAAACAAAGUAGCUCAUUGGCUGCACGUGCUUGACCUACUUGCUCUGCCCCGGUAUAAACAGUUUGCUUGCUUAACACAAUUGCUAUUGCGCCAUCCAGUGGACGCAAUUGGAACAGCAGUUUAUUUUAUUGAAAAAUUGCAGCGCAUUUUUAUAUUUUAUUUUUAUUUAAAUCAUCUCGCGGGCCGGAUUAAACCCAUUUGCGGGCCUGAUCCGGCCCGCGGGCCGUACGUUUGACACCCCUGGUCUAGAUAAUUAUCUAAUCUCUCACGUACACUAUGAGUGGUGGGGGUCAGACUGCAUCCCUACACACAUACACACACACCAUUAGACAAAAAGGCUGUGAUUAUAUUUCUGUAUAGCCGUGUAUGACUUGUGUGUGUGUGUGUGUGUGUGUAGGAGGAAGCUGCCUCUGAGAUGGAAAGGAAGCCAGCAGGGGAGGAGAGUGGAGAACUCCCCUGCACCUCUUCUGGAAUGUGAGUGAACAUAGAGUAUAUUAUCUAUUAUCUACCUGGUACAGCCAGGGCCACCCCUCAGAGUGGAUAUGAGUGGACAUAGAGUAUAUUAUCUAUUAUCUACCUGGUACAGCCAGGGCCACCCCUCAGAGUGGAUAUGAGUGGACAUAGAGUAUAUUAUCUAUUAUCUACCUGGUACAGCCAGGGCCACCCCUCAGAGUGGAUAUGAGUGGACAUAGAGUAUAUUAUCUAUUAUCUACCUGGUACAGCCAGGGCCACCCCUCAGAGUGGAUAUGAGUGGACAUAGAGUAUAUUAUCUAUUAUCUACCUGGUACAGCCAGGGCCACCCCUCAGAGUGGACAUAGAAUAUAUGUGACCAACCGCCUUGAUUCGAUGUAGCAAAAUUUGAAAUUGUGUUUUUUACAUUGGAUAAAAGCAGAGACACAGAGCUAUAAAAUGGUAUAUCAUACACUGGAUUUAAGGAACAAUGGAAAAGUAAUUCUGCUUUGAAAGUUGAUAAACCUGUAUCCCCACUUUUGAGAAAAUGGCCCAUGAAUGUUUUGGUACACCUACUGGAGAGCUCUCCUUUGUCUACACCCAUUCAGCAUUGUUCACACACUCUUAAGCCCCACCCAUCUCUUUAAGGAUUCUCAUGUGAGGUCAUGUGCUAAACAGUGAGUAGUGUAGUAUAGAUUAAGACUAAAAGUGGUCAAAGUAGUAGCCUACAAUAAGGAACAAUUCCAGGUUAACAUGAAGUGUCUAGAUAGAAAAUAUUUUAUAAGUAUUAGAUGACGCUUACCCAGACACACUUGUCUAAAUUGAUGGGUCAUGUGAAAGAAAUGCUAUAACCCCCAGCCACAUCUUGCUAAGUGGAUGGGUCUCUGCAGAAGGUGUAAACGGUACAGCGAAAUGGUUACUUGCAUUGUAGCAAUAUUAAAAAUAGAUUGUGUCAAUAUAAAGGAAAAUGAACAAGUGUCAAUGCCAGUAGAGAAAGAACCAAAUAAUAUAAAGGAUGUACAAGAACAAUAUCAAGAACCAUAUCGGUGAUACUGGUGAUAGAUGAGGUAGUUACAUGCAUACAAUCAGGGGUAAAGUGGCUGAGCAGCAGGAUAAAACAAUUAAUAGUAGCAGCAACGUAUGGCGUGUGUGUUAGGAGAGAGUCAUGUGAAUAGAGGCACUGCAGAUAGUGCUGAUGACCAUCCUCCAGUACAACCAGCUGUGGGAUGUUGACCCGUCACAGUGCUGUCCUUCACAAAACCAGCGAUCUCGGAUAAAGUGUUUACGCUGGUCAUUUUGACGCGUCUGCUUGAUGAGGCCGAAGCACCAGUCGGGGGUGAACUUGGUGUGGCCUGUGAUUAGGAAGUGAAGGUCCAGACUGUGGUGGAUCAUGUGAUCAGGAAGUGAAGGUCCAGACUGUGUUGGAGCUGGUCCGUCAGGCACAAUACCAGAGCACAAACUUGUUCUUGUUUUGGCCACUGCAGUUGUCAUAAUUCAGGUCCACACGUGUUUCCCCAACUCCGUAGUUGGUGAAGAAAUGGUGCAUGUAGUUGUUGACUGCGCUGCUGCCUUUGCUGGAUGACAUGCCUUCAUCAAUCAACUAGUUGACUUGUUGUGGUCCUUCACAGCAGACACCAAACAAGCCACACUUGCGAGGAGUUAAAAAGUAGAUGGGACCUGGCUGCAUAGGGUCAGAAGGAUAGUGCACCUGCAAACAACAACAAAAGAGCAUUAAGAUCAAUUAAAAUCAUUUGUCUCACCCCUGUCAGUCUGUCUUUAUACAGCUCAGUGAAAGGCAUUUGCCUGCUUCCCAUAUACAGUACUAGUCAAAAGUUUGGACACACCUACUCAUUCCAUGGUUUUUCUUUAUUGUUGCUAUUUUCUACAUUGUAGAAUAAUAGUGAAGACAUCAAAACUAUGAAAUAACACAUAUGGAAUCAUGUAGUAACCAAAAAAGUGUUAAACAAAUCAAAAUAUAUUUUAUAUUUGAGAUUCUUCAAAUAGCCACCCUUUGCCUUGACAGCUUUGCUCUUGGCAUUCUUUCAACCAGCUUCAUUUGGUAGUCACCUGGAAUGCAUUUCAAUUAACAGGUGUGCCUUCUUAAAAGUUAAUUUGUGGAAUUUCUUUCCUUCUUAAUGCGUUUGAGCCAAUCAGUUGUGUUGUGACAAGGUAGGGGUGGUGUACAGAAGAUAGCCCUAUUUGGUAAAAUACCAAUUCCAUAUUAUGGCAAGAACAGCUCAAAUAAGCAAAGAGAAACGACAGUCCAUCAUUACUUUAAGACAUGAAGGUCAGUCAAUAUGGAACAUUUCAAGAACUUUGAAAGUUUCUUCAAGUGCAGUCGCAAAAACCAUCAAGCGCUAUGAUGAAACUUCCUCUCAUGAGGACAGCCACUGGAAAGGAAGCCCAGAGUUACCUCUGCUGCAGAGGAUAAGUUCAUUAGAGUUACCAGCCUCAGAAAUUGCAGCCCAAAUAAAUGCUUCACAGAGUUCAAGUAACAGACACAUCUCAACAUAGCUAUAGCCACUGGUAACAUUGAAUAUAUGAAUCUACUGGUAUGGUGCUGGAGAGAAAUCAACUUUAAAAACAGUGAAUUGACCCUCUAGCAUCUCUUCUAUACCUCUAUUGCAUCAUCCUCAUGACCUGUGAAAUGAAUGUAGAACAGUGAAGUGACCACAGCAUGUGGUGGUGGUGUAGGGGAACAGAGCAGUGUGUGACUGUUUCCUGUGUCCAGGUUGACCCUGUAUGAAGAGGAGUGUCACCGUCUGGAGAGGCAGAGGGAGGAGCCUAGGUUACUGGGCAUCAAGGUAAGACUAGUGUCACUUCAGAAGGGUCAAAUGUCAUUGUGAACUAACCACAUAUGCUGUGUGUGUGUGUGUGUAUGAGAAUGAGGUAUAUAGAAUGAUUCUAGUAUGUCCUACCAAUAUUAAUGUGUUAAUGUUCUUUAUUUUAUAUCAGUAGUCAGUAUUUCUAUUCUCUUCCUUAUAUCUUAUCAUCUUUGUUAUUUUAGAGACCCUCCAUGUUGGAUGUUCCAUCUCUGCUGCUGACCACUCUGGAGGAGCUCACUGGAGAACAGCUGAAGACAUUUCAGUGUUACCUGACUAGCGUCCAGCUGCCUGGCUUUUCUCCCAUCCCAGAGAGCCAGCUGGAGAACGCUGACAGACAGGACACAGUGGAUCAGAUGGUGAAGAGAUACGGCCCUGAGGGAGCUGUGAAGAUCACACUGAACACAAUGAGGAAGAUGGACCUGGGUGAUCUUGCUGAGAAGUUAGAGAGAGAUCACAGAGGAGGUAAUUACAGGUGUUGUUCCUAGUCAGGAUGUUGAGUGUUUCAAAAAAGAGUCCCAGCUUCUUUACUAUUUCGUUUUAUAACAUAUAAAUGAGGAUACAACAUUUAUGUCCCCUUUUGAUAACACAUCUCAGAAACGCAGGUAACACCUCUAUAAACGGUCAAUAUAGAGUUUGUCAUUUCAACUGUUUUCUCCUCAGUCCUCCAGGCCACUCAAAAAACGUUGAAGGAAAUGCCAAGUUCCUCAUCUCAUAGUCCUCCUAGAACCCCAGGUAAGAGUGAAGGAGAUGGUCCUACAGAUGUAGGAUCUUCAUUUGAUCAUUCUUUUGUUGCUGAGAAUUUUCUUAUACGGCAAGAAAUGCAAACUUGUAGUGUAUUGGAGUUUUAAAAAGUUUUCUGAAGUUUGUAUUUUCCACUUGAAUUGACCUAACGAAAAAUGUAUCAACUCCUACAAAAAUGUCAAUUAAUUAUAAUAUACAUAAUAGUUCACAUUUCCUGUUGCUGCAGGAUUAUUUUCCUGCUGAAGCAAACUGGCUCAAAUGAAGAUCCUACAUCUGUAUUUAAUACAAAGACAACUUUAAACCAAUAACUAACAAAAUUAGAUAUAUACACUAUUUCUGUGCAGAUUCUCCUCUUCUCCUGGAACCCAAUGAUCCCAUUGUUGGACAGGCCUUCACCUUGCCAUCAGCGACUGAUGGGACAAUGGAAGAAGAGAGCCAGGACUGUGUCAGAGUGCAUCUGUCUGACAGCUUACCUGAAGCCAUGGACGAGUUAAGCAUCACAGAAUGUAGAGUAGGGGACCAGAGCCUGUGUACUACUGACCCUCGCAUGGUAAGACCCUCACUGGAAAGAAAGAAAGAAAGAAAGAAAGAAAGAAAGAAAGAAAGAAAGAAAGAAAGAAAGAAAGAAAGACAAGUUGAAUAUGUUUAUAGAAAGAGAGAAAGAGAGACAAGUUGAAUAUGUUUCUAUUAAACUACUCUUCAAACCCUUUAAAAUCUAUUGUUUUUACAUUUUAGAGGUCUCCUGAAAACUUUGAACCAGAAAUCUACGAUAAUGAGGGCAAGGGAGCAUACAGGUAACUCAGUAUUAUUUUACUUGUUUUCUCAUGAAUAGUUUGUAAGGACAAUGCCUCAUUUUUCAAAUCAUAUUCAGGAAAUGUAAUUAAAAUGUCAUUCUUCACCAUUGUUUGUUCUACAGGUUCCAGUGCCUCCGUUCAGGUCUGUUCCAGUGCAGUAUAACAGGCCUGGUGUUUAGGAUGGAGGGAGAGGGAGAGGUGCUCUAUAGGACAGUCCCCUGGGACAGGAGGCUUCUAGCCAAGAGAGGCAAGAGACCUGCAGGACCCCUGUUCAACAUCGACUGCUCUCAGAAGUCUGUCUGUCAACUACGCCUCCCACACUGUCAGAUUCAUUCUGGUGAGUAUUUUCAUGAAUGGCCUAAACAAGAAUGUAAAUUAAUUUGUUCAUUGCCUCAUUUGUCAUUGCUGUUGUAGUAUAUCAGAGAAAGCACAAUGUUCUCUUUUGGGAGAUUCUCAAUUGGAAAAAGUCUGCCUAAAAAUAGUAGUAAUAAUAAUAAUAGUAGUAAUAAUAGUAAUAGUCGUCAUAGUAAUAAUAAUAAUAUUAGUAAUAUAUGGCCAUUUAGCAGACUUACAGUCAUGCGUGGAUAUUAUCCUCGACUCCUCAAUCCUCCUUUCCUCCGAAAACCCAAAAGUGGCCAUAUGUAGGAGAGUGUCAAUUUGUUAAAAGGUGAACGGAGAUAAUGAUCAUAGUAAUAAUAAUCAUAGUAAUAAUAGUAAUAAUAAUAUUGAUAAUAGUAAUAAUAGUAAUAAUAAUAUGGAGAACGGAAGAUGCUCAGGUCUAUCCUCCCGCGGAAUCAGCCCUUUGAAACAGCUGUUGUUUCAAAGAGAGAAGCAUGCCUAUCUUAUAAAAACAAUACUUCUCCUUUUAUCUAUAAAACGUCUAGCACAACUAACUACAUUUCCUUUUACCACUUUACACAUGUAAUCUGGGAUUCCACCCCUGUAAAUGUCAUUUGCCUGAUAACGCGCUAGUGGAGGAGAGUCUCGUUUCAUACAAGCGCAUUUGUUUCCACAUUCCCUCUCUUCGCCUCCUCUAACCUUUGACCUUUUUCCAAAGGAGGCAAGGAGAGUAUGCGAGGAAUUGAGGAAAUCCAAUUGAUAUUCUGUUUCUUUCCUAGAGGGUGGAUGUGACUUCCUGUCUGUAGCCCAUAUGACUGAUGAUGACAAAGUGGAGUUUAUCCAUCCUCUUGAGAUAACAGAUACACAUGUCAUAAUAAACAUCACUGGAUUCUCUGCUUAUGGUGAUGUCACGGAUGAUGAUGCUCCCAUCUCCCCUAUCCACGGGCUUGUGUUGUUAUUCCACCAACUGUUUGUCCCUGAAGAGAGGUCCAUCCUGAAUGUGUUGUUGCUUCCCAGUAAUGUUGUGAUCAGGGAGGUAAGCAUAACUAAGAUUUCAAACCCCACUUCUAUCUGGCUAGAAUUCCAUCAAGCUGGCAGUGUCAAACACACAACAUAGAAAAAUAACAUUUUCUCUGUGCCACAAGAAUGCAUGUUAAUAUAGUUGUUGACACCAAACCAGAAUCAAAUAAUUCGGACAAAGUACUUGAUGGGUGCUUGAUUUAGCUUGGAGUUUGCACAACGUGUAUUUUAUUGAAGCACAAUUUAUCUGUCCAUUGUUGAUUCCCAAGGUGCAGGAUGUGAGGAAGACAAGGAAUGGAUACAAAGAGACCUUGAUUGAAACAACUCCUCACUGCAAUCUAACCCCGAACAAAACAUAUAUCCUCUCCACAAAUAUUACACAUGGAUACAGGAUCAACCCAACAGUAAUAUCUAUAAGCCAUAAAGAGAUUCCAACUUUAGAUAUUUAUUUAGCUGUGACCUCAGUGUAUUCACAUUACAUGUAAGAUCGUAGAUACUGACUCUUGCUUUUUGUGUUCCAGACAGCAGAAUUUGUGGUUUUCCAGUCCGAUGAAAACUACUCCAACACAUUUCAGUUGUUCUUAGAAACUGUUGUUAAAGAGUUUGAUCUUCUUCUGAAAGAAAAGGGCAGUACUGAAAAUGUAUGGAACAGACUUGUCUGGUUGCCAGGUAACAGACAUUCAGAGCUCAAAUCCAAUUAAAUGAAGUCAGACCUGUUGUACUGUUACAUGUUUUUAGUUCUCUUACAGCGUUAUUGUUAUUGAACUAUGAUGUCAUUAUAUCAUAUGAUUAUGGUUGGUUAUAAUGAAUAUACCUUUUAUCAGAUAGUAAAACACCUUCUCUUUUCAUCCUCAGCCUCACCAACAGAACUCACCUCUACAGGUACUGUUGACCUUCCACUGACAUUCACCAUCAAUAUAAACCUCUCAAUAACAAACUAAAGAUUCACCAUCAUUAUAAACCUCUCAAUACCAAACUAGAGAUGCAUCACCAUUAUAAACCUCUCAAUAACAAACUAGAGAUUCAUCACCAUUAUUAACCUCUCAAUAACAAACUAGAGAUUCAUCACCAUUAUAAACCUCUCAAUAACAAACUAGAGAUUCAUCACCAUUAUAAACCCCUCAAUAACAAACUAGAUUCGUCACCAUUAUAAACCUCUCAAUAACAAACUAGAGAUUCAUCACCAUUAUAAACCUCUCAAUAACAAACUAAAGAAAGUUCAUCUUAGACAGUAUCUUAUCAUCCUAGAUAGGAUUUUAAUACAUAGUUUCCCCCUCCCAGUUUCAGCUGUUUCCCUUGCAGCCCCUCCUGCCAACCACUCUACCUCCACUGGUAGAGGCUUCAUCAGAAAUCACAGGAUGGCUCUAGAGACUCGUCUGGGACGCUUGCAGCCCAUUCUCUCGCAUCUGGAGUAUCACAAAGCUCUGAAUGCUGAGGAGAGGGAGGAGGUGGUCAGCAAAUCCACCAAGACCCAACAGAACCAAGCCCUGCUGGACAUGGUGGUGAGGAAGGGGGCUCGUGCCCAGAAACACUUCUACCAGGUCCUGAAGGAAGUAGAUCCCUACCUGGUCGAAGACCUGGAAGAGCAGACAGUCUGA